GCGUCAGUCACUCGCUAUUCAGUAUCGUAAAAUCACAAUGGUGAGAGCACGCAAGUACGUCGUAGUCAACGAGUUCAAGGGUUGGCCCAAACGUGAAGAUUUCCAAAUUGAGGAGCACGAGCUGCCGCCCCUCAAGGAUGGAGAGAUUCUGGUCAAGAGUCAGUGGCUGAGCGUUGACCCAUACAUGCGGGUCUAUAGCUCGAAGCAGAAGUACGACCAGUUUGGUUACAAUGUAGGCGUAGUGGUAGAAACAAAAGCCGCAGACUACCCUGUGGGCACCAAGGUGGUUUCCCAUAAAGGCUGGUGUGACUACUGCAUUCUGGAUACCAACAAAGUUUACGCUGAACCCCACCGAACAGGAAAAAUUUACAAACUUCCAGUCAUGAAGGGUCUACCAGACUCCCUGGCGGUUGGUGCUGUAGGCAUGCCAGGUGUUACUGCAUACUUUGGAUUCCUGGAACACUGCAAACCCAAACCUGGUGAGACAGUGGUCGUGACUGGCGCUGCUGGAGCUGUGGGCUCUCUGGUCGGACAGAUUGCGAAGAUCAAGGGCUGCAAGGUGAUCGGCUUCGCUGGCUCCGACGAGAAAGUCAAGUGGCUGGAGAGCAUCGGCUUUGACAAGGCGAUCAACUACAAGACUGCCGACACCGCGGCUGCACUGAGAGCAGCUGCUCCGCAGGGAGUGGACUGUUACUACGACAACGUCGGCGGAGAGCUGAGCAGCACCAUCUUGUACCAGAUGAACCAACAUGGACGAGUCGUAGUCGUCGGUUCCAUCAGCUCGUACAACGAGGAUCAAACCAAUUUGCCCAAAGCUGCAAUCUUGCAACCUGCCAUAUUGUACCGUAGACUAACAGUCAGCGGUUAUAUCGUAUGGGAUUCACGUGAUAGAUUCCCUGAAGCGUUCGAUCAGAUUAUCAAGUGGAUACAGAGUGGGAAGAUAGUGGCCAAAGAACAUGUCACGGAAGGUUUUGAUAAUCUCUAUGACGCUUUAGUGGGAGUGCUGAAAGGCGACAAUAUUGGAAAGGCGGUUGUUAAAAUAUAAAACCCAUACUAUUUUAUUACCUUUUUUAUGUAUGAUUUAUUUUAUUUUAUACCAUCAUGCUUAAAUAAAACCAUAUUUUAAUAUAAUAA